AUGGCUUCAACUGGGUCAGGAUUGACCCGCCGAAGGGGCGGUGGAGCUGCCGCAGCCACAGCAGAAAAUGAAGAGCUCUCUGGCAGUAGGGUCGGCUCUCCUGCACCCAAAGGUGGCGCGUACGAUGACCGGACUCCGGAGACGGCCUACGACAGUGGGGAGAAUGGACACAAGAUUGCCUACGACCCUCGGGACAUUAAUGAGAACGUGGAGAGGAGCAAGCAGCCAAAGCUCACUUUAAUGGAAGAGAUUCUAUUACUCGGUCUGAAAGAUAAGCAGGGUUAUCUUUCGUUCUGGAAUGACAACAUCUCAUAUGCGCUGCGAGGAUGCAUCGUAAUCGAGCUGGCCUUCCGAGGCCGAAUAAGCAUGCAGAAAGACUCGUCUCGGCGACGCUUCCCGUUGGCAGAUCGACUCAUCGAGGUGAUUGACGAUAGUUUAACAGGCGAGGUCCUGCUAGAUGAGGCAUUGAAGAUGAUGAAGUCGAGCGAGCCCAUGAGUGUGAGCUCGUGGGUUGAUCUUAUGAGCGGUGAAACGUGGAAUCUGAUGAAGAUCGGCUACCAAUUGAAACAAGUCCGUGAGAGGCUUGCCAAGGGUCUUGUGGAUAAGGGGAUACUACGAACCGAGAAACGGAAUUUCCUUCUAUUCGACAUGGCCACACAUCCUGUAGCUGAUGGCGGCGCGAAGGACGACAUCCGACGGCGAGUGAGGAACAUGUUGACAAGCCGGACAGUGGUGAUACCCGGUACUCAAUUAUUCCCUGAGGAAAUGGAAUUUAGAUACCUCAGGACGAUUGCCAUGGUGUGCGCAGCGUAUGCGGCCAAUGUACUCGAAAACGCUCUGGCAACUCUUAGUCACGAGGCACGAGAACGUGCUUUUGCGCAGGUGGACGAACUGCUGGCUGAAUUUUCCCAAUGGCCCUUUGGCAAGAAAACAGGCGUAACGGCAGGUAUCGGGGCAAAUCUUGGACAAGCCGUUGCGGAUGAAGUUAACAACGCUAAGGAUCGUGAACUUCAGCUAGAGGUUGUGGCAGCUUGUCUGAGUGUCUUUACCAGGCUCGACUCCCUCUUGUAA